AUGGCCUCCCGGUUGCUGCAGCUGCUGCUGGCGAUCGCACUCGCCUCCGCUAGCGCAGGACUGAAACAAGAAAAGCGGAACGUCCUCAACAAGGAAAUUGGAAUAGCUACAACAGGCUCAGAAUCAACAGCGUCCGCUGAAGGCGUGUCAAGUCUGGAAGCAGGAGGAGAGCACUUAAGAAGAAGCAUAUUAUAUGGACGCAUUAAACCGGGUGGAGCUGCAGUGUCUGAAUCGGCAGCACAGUCUUCAGCAGCGUCAUUAGGCGGUGGUUCCGGUACAAUUAGCGGAUCUUCAUCAGAGUCAAGUUCAAAUGCUAUUGGAGGAGGAUUUAAUGGUGUCGGUAUAGCUGGAUCCUCUUCAGAAUCUUCAUCUGGCUCUUUUGGCACUGGCCUAGGAUACAAUGGUGCAUUUAGUGGGUCGCAAUCCCAGUCCGGUGCAAUAGCAGGUGGACUAGGUGGAUUUGGUGCAUCUGGAUCUAAGUCACAAUCAUCAAGUGGAUCUUUUGGGGGCGGCUUUGGAGGAAUUGGUGCCGCUAUCAGUGGAUCACAGUCUGAAUCAAGUGCUACUGGUGGAAGCUUUCUGGGAAGUCAUGAAAUCAGUGGUGCAGGGUCACGGUCUGGAGCAAGUUCGAUCGGAGGUGGAAUAGGUGGAAUUGGUGCAGCUGGAUCACAGUCACAGUCCGAAGCAUCAAGUGGAUCCAUUGCAGGUGGAUUUGGAGGCCACGGUGCAGCUAUCAGUGGAUCACAAUCUGAGUCAAGUGCAAUUGGUGCAGGCUAUCUCGAAGGGCAUGGAAUCAGUGGUUCAUCAUCUCAAUCAGGUGCUAGUUCCUUUGGAGGUGGAGCUGGUGGAUUUGGUGCAUCUGGAUCUAAGUCACAAUCAUCAAGUGGAUCUUUUGGGGGUGGCUUUGGAGGAAUUGGUGCCGCUAUCAGUGGAUCACAGUCUGAAUCAAGUGCUACUGGUGGAAGCUUUCUAGGAAGACAUGAAAUCAGUGGUGCAGGGUCACAGUCUGGAGCAAGUUCGAUUGGAGGUGGAAUAGGUGGAAUUGGUGCAGCUGGAUCACAGUCACAAUCCGAAGCAUCAAGUGGAUCCAUUGCAGGUGGAUUUGGAGGCCAUGGUGCAGCUAUCAGUGGAUCACAAUCUGAGUCAAGUGCAAUUGGUGCAGGCUAUCUCGAAGGGCAUGGAAUCAGUGGUUCAUCGUCUCAAUCAGGUGCUAGUUCCUUUGGAGGUGGAGCUGGUGGAUUUGGUGCAUCUGGAUCUCACUCACAGUCAGCUGCUGGAUCUCUUGGUGGAGCGUACAGAGGUCAUGGUGGAGUAGGUGGAAUUGGUAAAGCUGGGUCACAGUCAUCUGGCGGAGCUAUUGGAGGUGGAUAUGGAGGUCAUGGUGGAGUUGGAGGAAUUUCUGCAUCUGGAUCACAAUCACAAGCAGCAGGUGGAUCGCUUGGAGGUGGCUAUGAAGGUCACGGUGCAGCUAUCAGUGGCUCACAGUCUGAAUCAACUGCUAUUGGAGGUGGCUAUCUUGGAGGGCAUGGAGUUAGUGGAGCAGGAUCACAGUCUGGUGCAACCUCUGUUGGAGGCAGAAUAGGUGGAAUUGGUGCAGCUGGAUCACAGUCACAGUCAUCUGGUGGAGCUAUUGGAGCUGGAUCACAGUCACAGUCAUCUGGUGGAGCUAUUGGAGGUGGAUACAGAGGUCAUGGUGGAAUAGGUGGAAUUGGUGCAGCUGGAUCACAGUCACAGUCAUCUGGUGGAGCUAUUGAGGGUGGAUAUGGAGGGCAUGGUGGAGUAGGUGGAAUUGGUGCAGCUGGAUCACAGUCACAGUCAUCUGGUGGAGCUACUGGAGGUGGGUACGGAGGUCAUGGUGGAGUAGGUGGAAUUGGCGCAGCUGGAUCACAAUCACAGUCAUCUGGGGCAGCUAUUGGAGGUGGGUAUGGAGGUCAUGGUGGAGUAGGCGGAAUUGGAGCAGCUGGAUCACAGUCACAUUCAUCUGGUGGAGCGGUUGGAGGUGGAUACGGAGGUCAUGAUGGAGUAGGUGGAAUUGGUGCAGCUGGAUCACAGUCAUCUGGUGGAGCUAUAGGAGGUGGGUAUGGAGGUCAUGGUGGAGUAAGUGGAAUUGGUGCAGCUGGAUCACAGUCACAGUCAUCUGGUGCAGCUAUUGGAGAUGGACAUGGAGGUCAUGGUGCAGUAGGUGGAAUUGGUGUAGCUGGAUCACAGUCACAGUCAUCUGGUGGAGCUAUUGGAGGUGGAUAUGGAGUUCAUGGUGGAGUAGGUGGAAUUGGUGCAGCUGGAUCACAGUCAUCUGGUGGAGCUAUAGGAGGUGGGUAUGGAGGUCAUGGUGGAGUAGGUGGAAUUGGUGCAGCUGGAUCACAGUCAUCUGGUGGAGCUGUAGGAGGUGGGUACGGAGGUCAUGGUGGAGUAAGUGGAAUUGGUGCAGCUGGAUCACAGUCACAGUCAUCUGGUGGAGCUAUUGGAGGUGGACAUGGAGGUCAUGGUGGAGUUGGUGGAAUUGGUGCAGCUGGAUCACAGUCCCAAUCGUCUGGUGGAGCUAUUGGAGGUGGAUACGGAGGUCAUGGUGGAAUAGGUGGAAUUGGUGCAGCUGGAUCACAGUCACAGUCAUCUGGUGGAGCUAUUGAGGGUGGAUAUGGAGGUCAUGGUGGAGUAGGUGGAAUUGGUGCAGCUGGAUCACAGUCACAGUCAUCUGGUGGAGCUACUGGAGGUGGGUACAGAGGUCAUGGUGGAGUAGGUGGAAGUGGCGCAGCUGGAUCACAAUCACAGUCAUCUGGGGCAGCUAUUGGAGGUGGGUAUGGAGGUAAUGAUGGAGUAGGCGGAAUUGGAGCAGCUGGAUCACAGUCACAUUCAUCUGGUGGAGCUGUUGGAGGUGGAUACGGAAGUCAUGAUGGAGUAGGGGGAAUUGGUGGAGCUGGAUCACAGUCAUCUGGUGGAGCUAUUGGAGGUGGGUACGGAGGUCAUGGUGGCUUAGGUGGAAUUGGUGUAGCUGGAUCACAGUCACAGUCAAGUGCUGGAUCUAUUGGAGGUGGAUUUGGUGUAGGUGGUGCCAUCAGUGGUUCACAGUCCCAAUCUGGUGCUAUUGGAGGUGGGUACGGUGUAGAUGGAGGAAUCACUGGAUCACAGUCACAAUCCAGCUCAGGAGCAUUUGGUGGUGGUUAUGAUGGAUUUGGUGGUUCAUUUACUGGGUCUGGAUCCCAGUCAUCAGCUGGCUCACUAGGUGGCGGAUUCGGUGGUGGUUCAUUUACUGGAUCUCAGUCUCAGUCAUCAGCUGGUUCACUAGGAGGGGGACUGGGUGGUGGCUCUUUUACUGGGUCUGGAUCUCAGUCCUCAGCUGGCUCACUAGGAGGUGCACUUGGUGGUGGUUCAUUUACUGGGUCUGGAUCACAAUCGUCAGCUGGUUCACUAGGAGGUGGACUGGGUGGUGGCUCAUUUACAGGGUCUGGAUCUCAGUCAUCAGCUGGCUCACUAGCUGGUGGAUUUGGUGGUGGUUCAUUUACUGGAUCUGAAUCUCAAUCCUCAGCUGGCUCACUAGGUGGUGGAUUUGGUGGUGGUUCAUUUACUGGGUCUGGAUCACAAUCAUCAGCUGGUUCACUAGGAGGUGGACUUGGUGGUGGUUCAUUUACUGGGUCUGGAUCACAGUCGUCAGCUGGUUCACUAGGAGGUGGACUGGGUGGUGGCUCAUUUACAGGGUCUGGGUCUCAGUCAUCAGCUGGCUCAUUUGGUGGUGGAUUUGGCGGUGGUUCAUUUACUGGGUCUGGAUCACAAUCAUCAGCUGGUUCACUAGGAGGUGGCCUUGGUGGUGGCUCAUUUACUGGGUCUGGAUCUCAAUCCUCAGCUGGCUCACUAGGAGGUGGACUUGGUGGUGGCUCAUUCACUGGAUCUGGAUCUCAGUCAUCAGCUGGCUCACUAGGUGGCGGAUUUGGUGGUGGGUCAUUUACUGGAUCUCAGUCUCAAUCAUCAGCUGGUUCACUAGGAGGUGGACUUGGUGGUGGAUCAUUUACUGGGUCUGGAUCUCAGUCAUCAGCUGGCUCACUAGGUGGUGGAUUUGGUGGUGGGUCGUUUACUGGUUCUCAAUCCCAAUCAUCAGCUGGAUCACUGGGUGGUGGGCUUGGUGGUGGCUCAUUUACUGGGUCUUCUUCUCAGUCAUCAGCUGGGAGCUUUGGAGGUGGGUUAGGAGGAAACAGAGGAUUUCCUUUAGGUUUUUCAGGAUCAGAAUCCCAAUCUUCGAGUGUAGCAGGAGGAGCAGGUCAUUUUGGAGGUCUUUUGCCAGGUGGUAUAGGAGGUGGAGCUGGUGGUCUCUUUGGAUACGGCAUCAACCGAGAUGGCUUGGGUGCGAGCCUGGCCCAGGCCCAAGCACAGGCGCAGUCAGAGUCAGUGGGUUUCGGCGGCGGACUGCUGGGCGGAGAAGCGCUGAGCGCCGCGCAGUCGCAGGCGCAGGCACAGUCCAGCGCAAUCGGCGAGGGCUUCGGCCUGCACGGCGGGAUUCUCAAGCGCGGCGCCAACUACGGCGGCUACGGCGGCCUGAGCGCCAGCCAGGCGCAGUCGCAGGCGCAGGCAUCUGGGGUGGGCGGCGGCUACGGAGGCGGCCUGAGCGCCAGCCAGGCACAGUCGCAGGCGCAGGCAUCUGGGGUGGGCGGCGGCUACGGAGGCGGCCUGAGCGCCAGCCAGGCGCAGUCGCAGGCGCAGGCAUCUGGGGUGGGCGGCGGCUACGGCGGCGGUCUGAGCGCCAGCCAGGCACAGUCGCAGGCGCAGGCCGCCGGCUUCGGCGGCGGAUACGGCGACUACGGCGGAGAAGGCGCCGCGCUCAGCCAGGCGCAGUCCCAGGCGCAGGCGCAGGCUGCCGGCGUCGAUGUCGACUACUAA